ACACUUACUCCCUCCGCGGGGAACACGUAAAAAACCAAACACAAUGAGUUCGAGUUCUAGUCAGAGGAGGCGAGUCAACUCUGACUCACUGAGUUGCGUGCCCGAGUCAGGGAUUUUGAACGAGAGAAUUUUGUUGCUCGUGUUCGAGUCAUUGAAGUGGGAUGUGAAUGUCUUGUGUCAGACGGCUUGCGUGAGCCGCAAGCUUCAAGCCGUGGCGAAACGGCUUCUUUGGAAGGAGUUGUGUUUGUAUCGGGCACCACGUAUGGUGUCCGAACUGACUAGCGGGGGGCCCGCUAGUCGGUUAGGAGGCGGGUUCUCCGCCCUGGCGAAAUUACUUUUUUAUUGUUGCGGGUGUGAGUCAACUCGGUGUUUCGAGGUGAGUCAACCCGUGCCGGGUCAUUUUAUGAAGUCGACCCGGUUUUCGAAGACUUCGGGUCGGAGCUUCUUGAUGAGGAGAUGCGGGUCGGAUCUUUUGUAUGUGAGUGACCCGUGUGAGCAUCCAACGGGGAGUAGUAAUCGAGGGGAUGAUUUGGGUAUUUUUAGAGGGGUAUUUCGGGGAUUUUUGAAAAGUAAGACUAGAGAUUGUUUGAUCCGUGGCGUUGGGCUUGAAGAUGGGGUCCAUUGUCCUUAUUGUGGGGCCCGGUGUUGGAGCAUGACUGCAGCUCGGCUCGUGCCUAAAAGCGCGGCUCGACGGCUUGGAGCCAACGAGGACGGGAUCGAGUAUUUCGUGUGUGUCAAUGGGCACAUGUAUGGCACGUGCUGGCUCGUUCGAUUAUCAUCUGAUGAUGGCGAUGAUGAUCACGACGAUGAUGAUAAAAAUUUUGAUCAGACAGUCAAUAACUCUUGUAGUAACUAAUGAGUUUAGGAUCUUCUAUGAUGAAGAGUUGAGUGUCAGUCUCAUUUUGCUCAACUCCUGAUUUUGUAACGUUUUGAUUUAUUUGAGUUUAUUUUACCAUUUUUAGCAUGUUUACCGCGAUAAUAAAAUCAUCUCGCAUGAUUAUUCUUCUCA